AUGCCUUUGGGGCUUUUUAGCUCCGGAAAAGCACAAGUACUCAGCGAUGAAAAACCAGCAGGAAGCAAAAAGAAAGAUCCUAAACAGUUGAGCGAAAACAAGUGCAAAGGAGUCUCAUUGAAGCUUGACCAUACGAGAGUCACCAUUGAAAAGCAGAUUGCAGAAGGGGGAUUCGCGAUCGUCUACAUUGCCAGUGACAGAAAAAACAAUAAAUUUGCGUUAAAGAGGCAAUUCACAAAAGAAAAUCAGAAACAGCUGGAUGCUUGCUGCAGAGAACACAGCUUUCUUAAACAAUGCGUCGGUCAUAAGAAUAUUGUAGAAUUCGUCGACAGUUAUGUGAAUUGUCUGGGAAAUGGAAUAUGGGAGUGUAUGCUGUUAACAGAAUAUCAUCAACGAAAUGUACUCCAAUUAAUGAAUGAAAGAAUAUCUCAAAACCAAUAUCUGACGAAUGAAGAGAUUCUUUCAAUUUUUUCCGAUCUUUGUGAAGCUGUCUCGUUCAUACAUAACCGACCGCAGCCUAUCAUUCACCGUGAUCUUAAAGUUGAAAAUAUGUUGAUAUCUUCUCAUAAACCACCUAACUACGUUCUUUGCGAUUUUGGAAGUGCGACAACUCAAGUAUUAUCGAUUGAUAAAUUUGGAGUGGAAUAUGUAAAGUCUGAAGUUGAAAGAAACACAACAAUGUGCUACAGAUCACCAGAAAUGGUUGAUUUAUAUAGUGGUCAAGAACUAGGUUUGAAAGGUGAUAUUUGGGCUCUUGGCGUUCUACUCUACCGUCUUUGUUAUUUUUGUGUGCCCUUUGAAGAAUCACCACUAGCCAUUCAAUCUGUCAAUUAUCAAUUUCCCAACGCUCCCAAUAUUCCUGACGAAACAAAAGUUCUGAUUUAUAUGAUUCUCGAUAUUGACGUUAAUCGACGACCAUCGAUUUAUCAGACAGCGUCUCUUGCCUUCGAAGCAUAUGGGAAGCCUCUUCCAACUGAAAUACAAAAUAAGAAGUUGACGGACACUGCUCCACGGUUGAAAUCAUGUAUACAACUGAUGAACGAUGGCACAAAACCCCGCAAUAAGCGGGAGGCGUCACCUCGCACUGCAGAACAACCUCCUAUUACUUAUCUGAAUUCAUCAGUUUCUCGUAAUGCUCAUAACGUUACCAGUGCUGCCAAUGUGGUGCCAUCUGUCAUAGGAUCAGGGGAAACUUCUGUGGCACCACGUCUUCGACCAAAAGCAACAAAUACCGUUCCAAACGUUCCCAGCAUUUCCCCCGUUCCACCAUUAGGGCUAUCACAUUUGAAGUUUCCUUCUAAACUCGAAUCGGAUGAAACAAAUGAAGGUCAAGUUCAAAAAGGAGCGUCUUCUGAAUUACAUAGAAAAUCUUUCUCGGGUGAUAAUAAAUUAGAAGCGGAACAGCAAGAAUCAUCAGGACCACUUUCAUGCCCCCUCAUGAAACCCUCUGAUCUGGGUUUUACGGACCUAGACAAACCAGCUUUACCACGAGAUCGUGCUCAAACAGAUGGAAAACGACGAAUGCCACACGAAGCGGACAUUAUUUUUCAUCAACAACACAGGCGGAAUGUUAGUGAUACAAGUCAAAUUUCUCGAAGUGCUUUCAAGCCGUACAGUAGCCAGCAGACGACAUCAAAGGCCACUUCUCAAGUAGUACGGAGUGUGGAAGAUAUGUCUAAUCAUUCAUCAAACAAUGGUGUCGGAGAAUGGAAUCCAUUUUUGGCUGCACCGUUUUCAAACAGUUCAAUCUGCCGAAAAGAUUUUGCUGAAACCGGUUUCAUGAUGGACGAUUCUCAUUUUGGAAUGGUUUUCGACGAAAUUAGAAGAAGAGAAGUGCCAACUGAACUGGAGAGUGAUACUUCAUCAAUUGACUCACGCGACCCGUUCGGAGCAGCACCUUUUGAUCAACUUACAGUUUCCACAUCAUCAUCUGCACAACCCGUCUCUCUACCUCCAGCUGCCGAAGAGGAUGAUGAAAGACAGUUAAUCAGCGACACAGAUGAAGAAGAUCGUGAAGAAAUUGUAGCAGGAAUAAUAGAAGUAAAGAAGGAAACUCAAACAGAAGAAGAUAGUGAAAUUGAUGAGCAAAGAAUGAAUGAUCGUCGACGGUAUUCAUAUGAGAAUAUCGAUGGAGUUGGAGAUGAUGCUAGCAGUGAUAGUCGAGGGAAGACAGAUCGAGACGAUUCAGAAGAAGAGGAUGAUGAUAGCAGGCGUGGCGGCGAUACAUCUCAUGACGAAGACUCCCAGAAUACUGUAGGAAGUGAAGAUGGCGAAGGAGGAAGCCGCCCGCUUCUUGAAGAUGAUGGAUUAGAGGAUGAUGACGAUCACGAGCUGACAUCUCCGUUCUCCUCUUCAUCUGCCAAUUUUCCACCACUUUUCAUCGGGACCUCUUCCCCUCACACUCAAAACAUAAUUACCAAUCCAUUUCUACGAGACGAGCUCACUCCUAAAAUGAUUUCACCGUUGCCCAUGUCUACUGCUCUGGGACGAAAUCCUUCUGCUGAUGAUGAAUGGGACCUUGGAGAUCGGUGGACUGAUCGUAGAGAUACUGUUUUCGAAAGACCAAAUGUUCAACAACAAAAUGUUUUUGCGCCUGCAACAUUGCCGAGACAAGUGACACCGCUAGUCUGCCGGUUGAAGCCUGAUCUACCUACAGCUGCGCCUGUGUCAAUUAUCCCUUCAAUGUCAAAUACAUCAUUUCCAGAAGCCAUUCGAGUAUCAGAAGAUUCACUCCCUAGAGAGCCAGUAAUUGGAACUUUGAUCUCUGUUGGUGCUCCAACAGAACCGCCUUCUCCGAAGAAAAUCGAGAAAAUUUUGAAUUUGGAAACUUCAGAAGUUUCAACGAAAGAGACUCUGAUUACAACUGUGAAAAAAGAAAAGUUGGAAAAACUUCUCAAAAAGGAAAAAAAGAAAGAGAAGAAAGAGGGAAAGAAAGAUAAAUUAAAAUUGGAAGAAUAUCGAGAAAAAGGUUCAUCUGAACCAGAAACAGAUGGUUCCGAAGCAGAAAUAUGGACGGCAGAUGGAUCAACGACUCUUUCAAAAAAGAAAAAGAAAAGUGCAUUUGGUCUACGAUCGUCACAUCCAUCAAUUGUUGUGAAUGAGUUGCAGUUCGCUUCACCUGUGCCACCUGUUGCAAAGAAACUAUCUAAAGAGAAGAAAUCUUCGUUAACCGGAAAAAAUGCGUCAUUCGUCAAUACAUCUUUCCAACAAGAAGACCAUGAUGAUCCAAGUGAAAUGUAG